AUGCCAGCUUUGGAAGACCCCCAAGCAGGACCUAGUAGCUCAAGAAGGAUAUCACCUCACUCUCAUAAGUCAUCAUCCAGACAUUCUCCAAGAUUGUCUCCUUUGGAAUAUGAAGCUCCUCAGGAAGCAAACAAAUUAGCUAAGCCAAGUUCCUCUAUGAGGAAGCCUUCACCUUUUGGUCAUCAGACUAGCACAGCUACCUUCCAGAGGAUGAUACCUGUAUUUGGACUUCCAGAUAUAGAGAUGCUAGAACCUUCCUCUAGUAGACUGCAACCCUCUGAGCCCAUUAACUCUCAUGAGCUUAAGAGAUCUAAAGGAAAGACUUCUGAAGCCCACAUAUCCAAGCAUAGGGAAACUCAAGCUGCUUUACUGGAUCCUAAUGAUAGGUCUCUCACUAAUGACCCAGCUAUCCAAAAAUACCUACCUUAUUCUCCUUCUACUACCUUAUAUCCUUUAGAUGAGGAUAUUUUAGGAGAAUUCAACUAUCAGCCUGACUGUACUCAAAUGACCUCUUGGUGCCAGAAGAACCCUCAAGCUAAUAGUUUCAGGAAAGUUUAUAGGCAGCUAGGAAGAGUAUUCUAUCAUGUAGAAAUACCUUCUGCCCAUGAGAAUUGCUACCCCUCACCUUCUUGUGAGCAAUGGGCUUCUCACUACUUCAGACUGCUAGAUACUGUAAAAUCAACCAUUGGCCUGAACAUGAGUGUCUAUGACAUGGAAGAGCUAUUGCCUAUUCCAGAAUGGCCAGAGCAUGACUGUCUAUUCACCUCUCAUUCCUUUGAGCUAAAGGAUGAUGGAUCCAACUAUAAUGCAUGGAAGUUUUGCCAGACAACAGUUUUGAAACUGCGUGGAUUAUUUGGCGUAGCAAACGGAACCAAUAACCUACCCAAUUCACUUACCAAAGCUGAGCAAAAAGACAAGUCAAAAGUCUCACACUACAAAGACUUGAUUGCAAAGUGGACAAGACGGGACAAGGAUGCGUUUGCGCAGAUCAUGCUAAACAUGGAAGACGGCGCAAUGCAAUGGGAAGGGAAAGGUGUCCAAUCAUUGUUGUUCUUAUAUCAGCAGCUUACCUUGACAAAAAUUUUGGAAGAUGACAACAUUGCCACAGGCCUAAACAACUUAUUGUCUAUUGCUUCCAAGAUGAAGACGCUUGGGGAACCUGUUAGCAACCUUAUGAUGGCCCAGAUCAUGAUGAAUGCGCUACCACCCACCUACGCAAUUGUAAAUACCAUUAUCCAAACAACAAACCAAGCAAGCGCUGUAACACCACAAAUGGUAAAGGAGGCAGCUCUGAAGGAGGAGGAACAUUGUAAAAACAGUACCGGCAUCACAGCUAUGUUCUUGCACUUACCUGCCAAGCCCUUGAACUCAAAAUUGUCCAAAUCAAAAAACAAAUGCAAGAAGGACAAGGGUCCCGCAUGCCUCAACUGUGGGAAAUCUGGUCAUUUGAAGCAAGAGUGUUGGGCAAAGGGAGGAGGUGCAGAAGGAACGGGACUGAGGCAAAAGAACAACGCCAAAAAGCAGUCAAAGGACAAGGGGAAGGAGCCGGCCACAAAGACCAAAUCAGCAAAGGUUGCAGUCACAACUAACAACUUACCUCCCAUUUUAUACGCGCUACCAGCAACAGAUAGUCAAACGUCCAACAACUCUUGGCUACUUGAUUCAGGCGCGUCAAAGCAUAUGACUCCUAAUCAAAAAUGGUUUGCAACUUACCAAUCACUUACAUCUCCAAUUCACGUUUGA